AUGGUGAAAUCAGCAGCUUGUUCUUCUUCUCCGGUGACUAUAACGGUGUCACCAUGUAAAGGAUCCGGCGACAGAAGCCUUGGAUUGACGAGUCCCAUCCCACGCGCCUCCGUCUCCAACAACCUAAACUCUCCUCUAAGCUCUAGAGGUCCACGUCGCAGCUCGCUUAGCGGCGGGAAUCGGAGAUCUAGCGGCGGCGAAGGAAGAUACUGUUCAAUGUCUGUGGAAGAUCUCACGGCGGAGACCAAUUCCGAGUGCGUUCUGAGCUACACUGUUCAUAUUCCGCCCACGCCGGAUCACCAGACGGUCUUCGCUUCACAGGAAAGCAGCAUGGCUGAAGAAGACGAGAUUCUAAAAGGGAAUUUGCACAACAAGGGAUUUCUCUCCGGCACAAUUUUCACCGGUGGAUUCAAAUCGGUGACACGUGGACACGUCAUCGACUGCUCUAUGGAUCGAGCUGAUCCGGGGAAGAAAUCAGGUCAGAUCUGUUGGCUGAAAGGUUGUGAUGAGAAGGUUGUUCACGGGAGAUGCGAGUGUGGUUUCAGAAUCUGUAGAGAUUGUUACUUUGAUUGUAUCACAAGCGGCGGAGGAAAGUGUCCUGGAUGCAAAGAGCCUUACAAAGACAUCAACGAUGAUCAGGACACGGAGGAAGAGGACGAAGACGAAGCGAAACCGCUUCCUCAGAUGGCUGAUUCGAAGCUCGACAAGAGGAUUUCGGUUGUCAAGUCGUUUAAAGCGCAGAAUCAGACUGGCGAUUUCGAUCACACGCGUUGGUUGUUUGAGACUAAAGGGACUUAUGGCUAUGGAAACGCAGUUUGGCCUAAAGACGGGUAUGGAAUCGGGUCGGGUGGUAGCAAUGGAAACGGGUAUGAACAACCACCAGAGUUUGGGGAGAGAAGCAAGAGACCUCUUACCAGGAAAGUCAGCGUCUCUGCUGCAAUUAUCAGUCCUUACAGAUUACUGAUUGCGCUGCGUUUGGUGGCUCUUGGUUUGUUCCUGACAUGGAGGAUUCGGCACCCAAACAGAGAGGCAAUGUGGUUGUGGGGAAUGUCAACGACCUGUGAGCUUUGGUUUGCACUGUCUUGGCUUUUGGACCAGCUUCCAAAGCUCUGUCCUGUCAACAGAAUCACCGAUUUAGAUGUUCUCAAAGAACGUUUUGAGUCUCCAAACCUCAGAAACCCCAAAGGAAGAUCAGACCUUCCGGGAAUAGAUGUGUUCGUCUCAACUGCGGACCCUGAGAAAGAGCCGCCUCUGGUCACAGCCAACACCAUCCUCUCCAUCCUAGCCGUUGAUUACCCUGUGGAGAAAGUCGCUUGCUACUUAUCAGACGAUGGAGGAGCUCUGCUGACAUUCGAGGCCUUAGCUCAAACGGCAAGCUUUGCAAGCACAUGGGUGCCGUUUUGCAGGAAGCACAACAUAGAGCCGAGGAACCCAGAGGCCUACUUUGCCCAGAAGCGCAACUUCCUGAAGAACAAAGUGAGGCUUGACUUUGUGAGGGAGAGAAGGAGAGUGAAGAGAGAGUAUGACGAGUUUAAAGUGAGAGUCAAUUCACUGCCAGAGGCGAUAAGAAGAAGGUCUGAUGCGUAUAAUGUCCAUGAAGAGCUACGAGCUAAGAAGAAACAGAUGGAGAUGAUGAUGGGAACUAAUCCUGUAGAAACCGUCAAAGUUCCUAAAGCUACUUGGAUGUCCGAUGGUUCCCACUGGCCAGGGACUUGGUCCUCUGGAGAGAUCGAUAACUCCCGAGGAGACCAUGCGGGAAUCAUUCAGGCGAUGUUGGCUCCUCCAAACGCAGAGCUGGUUUACGGAGCUGAAGCAGACGCUGACAACCUGAUCGACACGACAGAGGUUGACAUCAGGCUGCCAAUGUUGGUCUACGUGUCGAGAGAGAAGCGGCCUGGUUAUGACCACAACAAGAAAGCAGGAGCCAUGAAUGCUUUGGUGAGAACGAGCGCAAUCAUGUCUAAUGGCCCAUUCAUCCUCAAUCUUGACUGUGACCAUUACAUCUACAAUUCCAUGGCCUUGAGGGAAGGAAUGUGCUUCAUGCUUGAUCGAGGAGGCGACAGAAUCAGCUACGUUCAGUUCCCUCAGAGGUUUGAAGGCAUCGACCCGAAUGAUCGUUACGCGAACCACAACACAGUCUUCUUUGAUGUUAGUAUGAGAGCUUUGGAUGGACUUCAAGGUCCAAUGUAUGUUGGAACUGGCUGCAUCUUCCGGAGAACAGCUCUUUACGGUUUUAGCCCUCCGAGAGCAACAGAGCAUCACGGCUGGCUUGGGAGGAGGAAGGUGAAGCUGUCUCUGAGGCAAUCGAAAGCUACGACGAAGAAGAAAGACGAUGAGAUCUCAUUGCCGAUGAACGGAGAAUACAACAACGAGGAGGAUAAUGAUGAUGGAGACAUUGAAUCUCUGCUUCUCCCGAAGAGAUUCGGUAACUCAAACUCUUUCGUUGCUUCGAUUCCGGUUGCAGAGUACCAAGGAAGGCUCUUGCAGGACUUGCAAGGCAAAGGCAAGAACAGUAGACCAGCUGGAUCACUCGCUGUGCCACGAGAGCCGCUCGAUGCAGCCACUGUAGCUGAAGCCAUCAGUGUGAUUUCUUGCUUCUACGAGGACAAAACAGAGUGGGGCAAGAGAGUCGGAUGGAUCUACGGAUCAGUGACUGAAGAUGUGGUCACGGGAUAUCGAAUGCACAACAGAGGAUGGAGAUCGAUCUAUUGCGUCACGAAGCGAGACGCUUUCCGAGGAACAGCUCCGAUCAAUCUGACGGACAGGCUUCACCAGGUUCUGAGAUGGGCAACGGGAUCUGUGGAGAUCUUCUUCUCGAGGAACAACGCCAUGUUCGCAACCCGGAGGAUGAAGUUCUUGCAGAGAGUUGCUUACUUCAACGUCGGGAUGUAUCCGUUCACGUCGCUUUUCCUCAUCGUCUACUGCAUCCUCCCGGCGGUGUCGCUCUUCUCCGGUCAGUUCAUAGUCCAGUCACUCGACAUAACGUUCCUCAUCUUCCUCCUCGCGAUCACGCUUACUCUAUGUAUGUUGUCUCUCCUGGAGGUGAAAUGGUCAGGGAUCACUCUCCAUGAGUGGUGGAGAAACGAGCAGUUCUGGGUGAUUGGUGGGACGAGCGCACAUCCUGCAGCUGUUCUUCAGGGUCUUUUGAAAGUGAUUGCAGGAGUCGAUAUCUCGUUUACCUUGACGUCCAAGUCAUCAACGCCUGAAGAUGGAGACGACGAGUUUGCGGAUCUGUAUGUGGUGAAGUGGAGCUUUCUGAUGGUUCCUCCGUUGACGAUCAUGAUGGUGAACAUGAUUGCGAUCGCGGUUGGGGUGGCGAGGACUCUGUACAGUCCGUUUCCGCAGUGGAGUAAGCUGGUGGGAGGAGUGUUCUUCAGCUUUUGGGUGCUUGUUCAUCUGUAUCCGUUUGCGAAAGGGUUGAUGGGAAGGAGAGGGAAAGUGCCGACGAUUGUGUUCGUGUGGUCAGGUCUGUUGUCGAUCAUUGUGUCGCUGCUUUGGGUUUACAUCAACCCUCCUUCUGGGAGACAAGACUUUAUGCAGUUUCAGUUCCCUUGA